AUGUCAGGGGUGCAGAAAAGAAAAAGAGAUCUCGAAGACCAAGACGUCAGCGGAAGUGAAGAAGAAGACACUGCCUUUGAUAUUGCCAAUGAUAUCGCUUUGAAUGGUAGUGACAGUGAUUCUGAUGGCUCUAGCAGUGGAACAGAAGCUGAUUACGGUCUCGGUGAUGUCCAGGAUGUCAUCAAGUACAGCUCAGAUGAAGAGAGAGAAGGAGACAGCAAGAAGAAGGCAAAUGGCAAGAACGGCAAGAAAAACAAGAGCGAUAAUAAGAAGAAGAGCGGUAAGAAAGAAGUGGCAGCAUUUCCGACAUUGGAGCUUUCAGACGAUGAAAACGACGCAUCUGGUAAAACUCAAGCGGAUGAUGAUGAAGAUGAUGUCAAUGAAUAUUUUUCCACCACGAAUUUGGAGAAGACAAAGCAUAAAAAGGGUAGUUUCCCCAGUUUUGGCCUAUCUAAAGUUGUACUGAACAAUAUCAAGAGGAAGGGGUUCCGCCAACCCACUCCCAUUCAAAGAAAGACUAUCCCACUGAUUUUACAAAGUAGGGAUAUUGUCGGCAUGGCACGUACUGGUUCUGGUAAGACAGCAGCAUUUAUCUUGCCAAUGGUGGAAAAACUGAAGAGUCAUUCAGGUAAGAUUGGUGCUCGUGCAGUCAUUCUAUCGCCUUCUAGAGAAUUGGCCAUGCAAACUUUCAAUGUUUUCAAGGAUUUUGCUAAGGGUACAGAAUUGAGAAGUGUCCUUUUGACCGGUGGUGACUCCUUGGAAGAGCAAUUUAGCAUGAUGAUGUCCAACCCAGACGUCAUUAUUGCUACUCCUGGUAGAUUUCUACAUUUGAAGGUUGAAAUGAACCUUGAUUUGAAAAGUGUGGAGUAUGUCGUAUUCGAUGAGGCUGACAGGUUGUUUGAAAUGGGUUUCCAAGAGCAGCUCAAUGAAUUGCUGGCAUCAUUGCCUGCAAGAAGACAGACUCUGUUGUUUUCCGCUACUCUACCCAAUUCUUUGGUCGAUUUUGUUAAAGCUGGUCUGGUUAAUCCAGUAUUGGUUCGUUUAGAUACUGAAACGAAAGUCUCAGAAAAUUUGGAAAUGCUUUUUCUUUCCAGCAAAAAUGCAGAUAGAGAAGCCAACCUAUUAUACAUUUUACAGGAAGUUAUAAAGAUUCCAUUGGCAACUAGUGAACAAUUGCAAAAACUUCAAAAAAGUAACAAUGAAGCAGAUAGUGACUCGGAUGAUGAAAAUGAUCGCCACAAGAAGAAGAGAAACUUUAAAAAGGAAAAGUUCCGUAAACAAAAAAUGCCCGCAGCUAACGAGUUGCCCUCUGAAAGAGCAACUAUUUUAUUUGUUCCAACUCGACAUCAUGUUGAGUAUAUCUCUCAGUUGUUAAGAGACUGUGGAUAUUUGAUUUCGUACAUUUAUGGUACUUUGGAUCAACAUGCUCGUAAACGUCAAUUAUAUAAUUUCAGAGCAGGUUUGACUUCCAUUUUGGUGGUGACAGAUGUUGCUGCAAGAGGUGUCGAUAUCCCAAUGUUAGCCAAUGUUAUUAACUACACACUACCUGGUUCAUCUAAAAUUUUUGUUCAUCGUGUUGGUAGAACCGCAAGAGCUGGUAACAAAGGUUGGGCAUAUUCUAUCGUAUCUGAAAAUGAGUUACCUUAUUUACUAGAUUUGGAGCUAUUUUUGGGUAAGAAGAUUCUUCUCGCACCAAUGUACGAUAAUCUAGUUGACUCCAUUAAGAAAAGAUGGAUAGAUGAGGGCAAUCUGGAGUUCCAAUUCCAACCACCAAAGUUGUCAUAUACAAAGAGACUCGUUCUAGGUUCAUGUCCGAGAUUAGAUGUAGAAGGUUUAGGCGACCUUUAUAAGAAUUUGAUGACUUCUAAUUUUGACUUGCAGUUGGCCAUGAAAACUUCUAUGAAAGCAGAAAAACUAUAUUACAGAACACGUACUUCUGCAUCUCCUGAAUCUUUGAAGAGGAGUAAAGAAAUUAUUGCCUCUGGUUGGGAUGCUCAAAAUGCAUUUUUUGGCAAAAACGAAGAAAAAGAAAAGUUGGAUUUCUUGGCUAAACUACAAAAUAGAAGAAACAAAGAAACGGUGUUCGAAUUUACGAGAAAUCCAGACGACGAGAUGGCUGUACUCAUGAAAAGAAGAAGAAAACAACUGGCGCCAAUUCAACGAAAAGCGAGUGAAAGGAGGAAGUUACUAGAAAAGGAAAGAAUGGCUGGUCUUUCACAUUCCAUUGAAAAUGAAAUUCUAAAAGGCGAUGAUGGUGAGACAGGUUAUACGGUAUCCGAAGAAGCUUUGAAAGAAUUUGAAGAUGCAGAUCAGCUAUUGGAAGCACAAGAAAACGACAGUAAGAAGAAAAAGAAGCCGAAGACUUUUAAGGACCCAACUUUCUUCUUAAGUCAUUAUGCACCAGCUGGUGAAAUACAAGACAAACAAUUACAAAUUGCCAGUGGGUUUGCCAAUGACGCUGCUCAUGCUGCCUACGAUUUGAACACCGACGACAAAGUGCAAGUUCAUAAGCAGACAGCUACUGUUAAAUGGGAUAAAAAAAGAAAGAAAUAUGUCAACACACAAGGUAUUGAUAAUAAGAAGUACAUCAUCGGUGAAAGCGGUCAAAAAAUUGCAGCAAGUUUCAGAUCUGGCAGGUUUGAUGAUUGGUCAAAAGCAAGAAAUUUGAAACCAUUGAAGGCUGGUUCAAGAGAAUCAAGCAUACCAUCUAACCUACUCGCAGACCCCUCACAGGGCCCAGGUUCGAAUGGUAGAACUGCCCGUGGGAAGUUCAAGCAUAAGCAAAUGAAAGCACCUAAAAUGCCAGAUAAACAUAGAGAUAAUUACUAUUCACAAAAGAAGAAAGUGGAAAAGGCUCUUCAAAGCGGUGUCAACGUCAAGGGACAUAAUAAUGCUCCGGGUUUAAGUAGUGAAUUGAAAUCUACUGAACAAAUUAGAAAAGAUAGAGUUAUGGCAGAGAAAAAACGUGCUAAGAAUGCCCGUCCCUCAAAAAAGCGUAAAUUUUAG